CCGCUUCUUUUCUUUUCUUACCACUUCCAGCUGCAGCUCCAUCGUUUUACCGCUGGUUACUGCUACCUCCGUUCCGUGGUCAUGGCGGCUUGCCUCUCCCCCACGCUCCCUCGCCAGACCAUCCACCGCCGCCGCUGCUGGACCCCAAAGCCUCCCUCCUCCCCCUCCACAGCCACCUACAACCAGCGCCACCGCCGCCGAAACAUCGGAACUAGCUCCGGCGCCAUCUCCGCCCGCGCCUCCUCUGCGGCCGCAGUCGCCCAGGGCCUCGACGCCGACGACUUCCGCCACCCGCUCGACAAGCAGAACACUUUGCUGCUCAAAGCAAUUCCAGGGCUCAAUGAUAUAGGCAAGGCUUUGCUAGGGCCGGUUUCUGAGCAAGUUAUGGUUCUUCAAAACAUUGGAUCAUCGGUUCUCGUCUCUGAAAACCAGUUGCCUGAACUUCACCAGCUCAUGACCGAAGCCGCAAAGAUCCUCAACACGGAAGCGCCCGACUUGUACAUACGGCAGAAUCCUGUCCCUAACGCUUACACCUUAGCGAUAAAUGGGAAAAGGCCGUUCGUCGUCGUCCACACGAGCCUCGUGGAGCUGCUCACUAGAAAGGAAUUGCAGGCUGUUUUGGCACAUGAGCUGGGUCACCUCAAGUGCGAUCAUGGCGUCUGGCUUACCUUUGCCAACAUACUAACAAUGGGAGCACAUACUGUCCCUGGUUUGGGUAUGGUUGCUGGGUUCCUUGAAGAACAGCUGUUCAGGUGGCUGCGAGCCGCGGAGCUGACCUGCGACAGGGCGGCUCUUCUCGUAGUGCAAGACCCCAAGGUUGUCAUCUCGGUCCUGAUGAAGCUCGCGGGAGGAUGCCCGUCCCUGUCGGACCAGCUGAACGUGGACGCCUUCCUGGAGCAAGCCCGCUCCUACGACAAGGCUUCGUCGAACCCGGUCGGGUGGUACAUCCGGAACGCUCAGACGAGGGAGCUGUCGCACCCUUUGCCCGUGAUGCGAGCCCGCGAGAUGGACGAGUGGUCGCGGAGCCAGGAGUACAGGACCCUGUUGCAAAAAAUGUUUCGGUAGCCAGUCAAUCUGUAUAUGAAAUGGGUUGAAAUAGAAGCUAGCUUUGGAGUGGUGGUGGUGGUACAAAACGAAGGAAGCGGUAGGGUUGAGUAGAGUGUAUAUAUACAUCAAUACAUGCAACUGAAAAGUAGAUUGGGUGUAAUUAAGUAAAUGUUUUAAACCCUUGAAUGACCAUUCAUGCGUUGCAGUCUAUCCGCUCUUGUGAGUUGUAAUACACAAAAGCCGUGCCUUAUCUUAUUUUGCAAGUUGUGCAUUGUUGAA